ACCAGCACCAAAACAUUGCAAAAAAAGGCAGCGAGCCCCGCACUUUAGAUAAGGACAAUUAGCCACCAGCGAGCCCCUGCCGAAAGAGAGCUUUAAUUAGAGGGGUGCCUGCUGCUCAGCAUGCCCUAUCCCAGCUCCUGCCCCCCGGGGCUCCUCGCCCUCCUGGCCCCUUGGCUGGCUCUGCUGGCGCACCUCUCCCUUUCCUCCCAGGCAGGGGACAGGAGAACGUUCCCCGCAGAGAAACCUUCAGGUGUGAAGGGAAGGACUCUCAUUCUUCUCGAUGUGAACACCAAGAGCCCUGUCAGGGUAACCAGUGAGAACUUCCUCUCCCUGCAGCUGGACCCCUCCAUCAUCCAUGAUGGCUGGCUCGACUUCUUAAGCUCCAGGCGCCUGGUGACCCUGGCCCGGGGCCUGGCUCCCGCCUUCCUGCGCUUCGCGGGGAAAAGAACCGAUUUCCUGCAGUUCCAGAACCUGAAGAACCCGGCCAAGAGCCGCGGGGGGCCCGGCCCGGACUAUUACCUCAAGAACUACGAGGACGACAUUGUCCGCAGCGACAUUGCCCUGGAUAAGCAGAAAGGCUGUAAGAUUGCCCAGCACCCAGACAUUAUGUUGGAACUGCAGCGAGAAAAGGCAGCUCAGAUGCAUUUGGUUUUGUUGAAGGAGCAGUUCUCAAACACCUACAGCAACCUCACGGUAACAGCCAGGUCUCUAGACAAACUCUAUAACUUCGCCGACUGCUCUGGCCUCCACCUGAUCUUUGCGCUGAAUGCCCUGCGCCGAAAUCCAAAUAACUCCUGGAACAGCUCCAAUGCGCUCAGCCUGCUGAAGUACAGUGCCAGCAAGAAAUACAACAUCUCCUGGGAGCUAGGCAACGAGCCCAACAACUACCGGACAUUGACGGGCCGUACCGUGAAUGGCAGUCAGCUGGGGAAGGACUAUAUCCAGCUGAAGAGCCUGCUGCAGCUUAUCCGCACCUACACCAGAGCCAGCCUCUAUGGGCCCAACAUUGGGCGGCCCAGAAAGAACGUCAUCACUCUCCUGGAGGGGUUCAUGAAGGUGGCUGGCCGCACAGUGGAUGCUGUUACCUGGCAACAUUACUACAUUGAUGGCCGAGUGGCCAAAGUGACGGACUUCCUGAAAACACGCCUGUUAGACACGCUCUCUGACCAGAUCAGGAAAAUCCAGAAAGUGGUAAAUACCUAUGCACCUGGGAAGAAGAUCUGGCUUGAAGGUAUCGGAGCCACCUCAGCUGGAGGCAUGAACAAUCUCUCGGAUUCGUACGCUGCUGGAUUCCUGUGGCUGAACACCUUGGGCAUGUUGGCCAACCAGGGCAUUGAGGUGGUGAUGCGACACUCGUUUUUUGACCAUGGACAUAAUCACCUUGUGGACCAGAACUUUAACCCUUUGCCGGAUUACUGGCUCUCGCUCCUCUUCAAGCGCCUGGCUGGGCCCAAGGUGCUGGCCGUCCACGUGGCAGGGCUCCAGCGGGAGCCGCGGCCCGGCAGAGUUAUUCGGGACAAGCUCCGCAUCUACGCUCACUGCACCAGCUCCCACAACUGCCUAGAACCGAUGCGGUUUCCUAGUCAACAGCAGACAACCCCACCUUCAUUGUCACUUUCGCUCUCAGCCACAAUUAUGUCCGAGGAUCCAUCACCCUCUACAUCAUCAACCUGCAUCGCUCCCGGAAGAAAAUCAAGCUGGUGGGGACGCUGCGGGAUAAGAUUGUUCACCAGUACCUGCUGCAGCCGCAUGGCCAGGACGGGCUUCACGCCCGGUCCGUGCAGCUCAACGGGCAGCUGCUGGCCAUGGCGGAUGACGGGACACUUCCUGAGCUGAAACCUCGUCCCCUUCGUGCUGGCCGCACCCUGGUCAUCCCGCCACUGACCAUGAGCUUCUAUGUGGUGAAGAACGUUAACGCCCUGGCCUGCCGGUACCGAUAGCUCUACCCGAAGCCACUGGCCAAGACGAGACCUGCUGGACCUGCUUUAACCCUCCCCGUCCUCUCGCUUCCUGCACAGAACUUGCUGCCAGGCAGUGGGGCUGUGACCUGCCCACUGCCAGGCCUGGCUGAUGCAGAAUGGGCCCUCCUCUCCUGGGGACUCUGCACCCGGAGGGAUGUCCUGUGCCCCUUGGAGAAUAACCACUCAGAGCGGAGAAGUCCCGAGCGACUCCUCCAGCGUGGCCCAAAGGCAUGGCAAACGCUCCCCCAGCAAUACCUGGCCAGCUGGCUGCCUGGCCCCAGCAGUACGAGCCAGCUUGGCCCUUGGGAUUGCUGUGUCUGUGGGGAGGAAGAUGACUCCAUUGGUGAGACAACUGGCUCCUCUUGGAAAAGCUGAGAACUUGAGGCCCUGGUGCAGUGCCAGAGACCUGCAACUCAGAGGCAAUGGUGCCCGGGAGUUGUGGGCCACACGCCCUCUUUACACCGCCAGCGUUUCUUCCACAGGACUAGUGAAAAUCCGGCUGGUGAAUUCGGUCUGUGCCCACGGACGACCCUGGCUCCGAGGGCUCGGAUUGCAGGGGAUAGCGCUGCACCAGGCCGGCUUCUUAACAGCCUCCUGGUUACGGGAGCUGGCUUCUUGCUCUGUGGGAAGUGCGGAGACAGGGAGCUCAAGAGUUGUGUUCUUAGCUGGGACAGGGAGCAGAGUCACAAACACUGCAAAGGGGAUGGAGCUAACCCAGCCGGCUAGAGCCAGCCCAGCCCCUCAGAGCCUCCCCUUCCCCACGCUAACCAAGGCUGUGGGGAACUGUGGGCAUCAUCCCGGCUCUGCGCUCCCCCAGGGCGCUUUGCUUUCGGGCAGAGUUUGCUGGACAGAGAGUGCCAGGGGCUCUUGGCAGCUCCAGCCUGCCAGCCCCAAGGAGAAGCCAGCCUCCCGGCCACCCUUCUCCCCACACUGCUGUUCCAGUGCCCAUAACGGGGUGAGCCUAGGACUGGGGAAACAAGUGGGCCAGGCUCAGUGCAGCACGGGGCUGCAGCUCCCCCCCCCCAUCCCCAAGGGAUUUCAUCGUUCAAUAUAGUGAUGGGCUAGACACUGACUGGUCCCCAGGGGUAGCCAUUGCCCUCCUACUGCUUCUCCCCUCGGAUCCUGAGAGUCAGGUCCUGGCAGCCAUGCAGCACCCUGUGCCCACCUCACUGAGAGACCGAGGGCCAGAGGGAUCCUGGUAUCAGCCCACCGAGCCACCCAGAGCUUUCCCAGACAGAACGUGCAUGGGAGUAGCUCCUCCCAGUGCCUCCUGGCCACAAGACAGGCAAGGUGGGUGAGGGAAUAGCUGUACCAGCCCCUCCGGGAGCCACGCUGCGACAGGGGCAACAUGAGACACGCUGGGGGGCUGCAAGGCGUCGCUUCGGCCAGGCUAAGGAAGCCCGUAUGGGCUCAGCCAAGCCCUGUGCAGGGGCGUUAGCCAUGAGGAGUCCUGCCCCCGGCACUGGCUGGGGCGCUGCGAGCCGGGCCUGCAGGAGCCUUCGCUAUAAAUGUUAAUAUUUAAAUUAUAUUUUCUGAAGAAGAGAAACUUUGAGCUCUGCUAGUCUGGAAGCUGGUGGGAGGGAAGUGGGGUGGGGCACUCCUCUCCCCAGCUCACAGGAGAAGGGGGCUGAGAUGAAACAGGCAGGGUCACUGCUCCCCAGGGGUUUGGGGGGCAUUGUUAGAGGUGUGAAUAUUUCCUUCCAGAAGAGAUUUUAUUGAGGCGUGUGGAGAGCCGGGCUCCGGGAGCUAGCUGAGAUUGUGUGGGAGAUGUUGGAUAAUAAAGGUGGGCUGUCCAA